UCUCCAUUAAUCAUACCUUUAGCGCAAUAAAAGUCAUUUUAUAAAUCCCCUGAAAUACGUCUCGGUGACGUUUGUAUUUUGUUCGCCUGCGAUAGACCAAUCGGAUUCGUGUCGUUUGGCAUAAAUGAAGUUUGGCGGGUAAUAUUUUUCAUCGCUGCUGUAAUCUACGGUUGCCCCACGUAAACAUUCCCGAUGACUCUUUUGGAAGAAUAUCAGGAGUUUAUCGAGCGCGAUCCAGCCAAUAUUUCCUAUUUGUGGAAACUUGUACAAAUAUUUUUUUAUUUACUAUCCAUAAUUAGCGGUUACGUAUGCAGUAUUUUAUUUUACUUGAUAUGGCAACAAACAUUCAGUGGCAACUGUCCACUUUGGGCUAAAUCUGUUUCAAUGUUACCAGUAGAAUCGCAAUUACAAGACACGGUUGAUAAUGACAUAAUGAAUUCAGAUUUUUCAGACUGGUGGAAUUAUAUUAUCACCGGUUACAAUUACAAUUAUAAAUGCAUUGUGUAUUUUAUUACAUGUUUUUUGUCUUGUAUGUUUGGAAUUGUGUGGCUCACUUUAUUUUGUAUCUGUGGAAAAGGUGGAUAUGAUAUAGCAAUAUUUCAAGCACCAUGGAGAAUUGUUCCUUACGCUAUGCUUUUUAAUUUAACAUUUACAAUAAUAACAACAUAUGCUACCCUUGACUUGAAGAAUGGAUAUAAAGAGUUUACUAAUGAUGUAAGAAAUGUUUUUCUCAACAUCAGCAACAUUUAUGAAAUACCUAGGAAUAAAAGUGAAUGUGAAAUUGCACAUAUAUAUGUGGAGACUUAUAACAUUUAUAAACAUAACACGUGUAAAGUGCUUGUCUGGCUGCAGACUUUUUCAGGUAUAAUGAUGUGGAGUUGGAUAGGAGGAGCAGUGGUAUUAAUUCUCAGAAUAAUAACAGUUGUUGACUUUAGAAUUUUAAAAAUAAAAAUUUAUGAAGUUCCAAACAAGAACCAAACCGAAAAAAAAGAAUAG